AAUUUUCAUUAAAUCUUUAAUCUUUUGGAUGGCACCUGCGCAAGCUAACGGAUCAUGAAAAUGUAUUUUUUUGAAACGUGGGUCCAAUAGCGUAGAAAUCAUCAGAAGAUUUCAGUCUUUGGAGCGAUCACCACAAAUUAGUGCAUAAAAACUGGAAAUCUAAUAGAAACGAGGAAAGCGUUUCAGAUGAGAUAUCCGUCUACUUAAGAGCAACAGUUGGUCGUUUAAAUGAAAAUCCGCUGGAAAUUUGGGCGGAUUUUAAACAGCAAUUUCCAAAGUUGUUUCACAUAGCUUAUAAACAUUUAACAAUUGUAGCCAGUUCAGUACCUUCCGAAAGACUUUUUUCGAAGGCUUCUCAAGUGUUGAAUCAACAGCGCAAUAGAUUGCAAGGAAAACGUGUUAACAAAAUUUUAUUUUUACAAAGUUUAGACAAAAACAACUGGGAUUUGUAACUAUUUAAAUCAAUAAAUAAAUUCCACUGUGAGUUAAUACUUGAA